AUGACAACGGCACUGUUGAACGACCCUCGAAUCACUAUCAUAACUGGGGAUAUCAUGAAAGAUAAUUUGGGCCUGUCCGAUCUAGACUGGCAGGUACUACAAGGCUCGGUGAAUAUCAUUAUCCAUGCCGCAUCGUCGAUCAAUUUGCAGAGCUCGUUGAAACGGCUGUCGUCGUCGAUCAUUGCGCCCAGCGUAUCACUCGCCGAGAGAGCACAUGAAUUCAAGAAAUUGGAGCGCUUUGUGUUUGUCUCUACCGCAUACGCCAACACGCAUCUAUGGCCACUCAGCCAAGAGCCAGAUGUGGCAGUCAAGGAACACAUCUACCCUCUCUGUGAUCGUGCGAGCUUUGAUCCCGCAGACCCAGAGAGCUGGACAUAUCUCAGCACACAGACACAGGAAGAAUGGAAUAGUGUACAACAAAGCGGUUCGAGCAGGGAAUACGAGUCGUAUGAUUUUCCAUGGGCAUACGGAUAUGCCAAACACCUCGCCGAGCGACUUCUGCUGCAAAGAUUUGCUCAGCACCAGGCCAUCGACAAGCUCCUAAUCAUCAGACCGUCCGUGUUUGCUCCGGCGAUUAGCCACCCCCAUCCUGGAUUUUCUAGUCCGUUCUCUACACCACUUGCAGGACUCUCUGCUGCCAUCAACCUUUGUUUCGGGCGCCACGCAACACUCGCCGCGCGGAGUCAAGACCCAUUGACCGAAGCCACUCUGGAUGAAGUGCCAGUCGACGUGGUGGUGGACCGACUACUCACGCAUCUAGCCUGUGGAACGAUUGGGUGCGUCCACGCGGUCAGUGGACGGAAGAGCCGACAGACGGUGGGGGAGUGGUAUCGCAUGUUUAUGGAAGAGCGCCGGCUGCCGUGGGCUAUUAAGCCGGUGUGGACGUCUCUCAGCUGGCACUCGCCACAGCUUCAUCCGGUCGAAAGAUUUUAUAAAAUCAUUGGGACUUCGUUUGAUUUCCAUGAGGAUCGUACUGUGGAUGUUCUCUGGGGAUUGAGUGCCCAUGAGGCCUUGCACUUGAGAUUGUUUACGGACGGAAAGGUUAAUUCGUUGCGGCCUAGGAGAAAUAAGACUCGGCAGCUGGGAAUAUGCAUUGGAAAGAAACAACGUCUCCCUCUUUGCCUCGUCAAGCUCUUGUGUCGUUCGGGCAAAAAGAACUGUGCGGAGUCUCGAGUCCUAUGUCAGGACAAUGGUUUGAAUCAAGAGAAAUCUCAAGUGGUGUGGUGA